AAAGAUACAAAGCGCAACGCUUAACGCUUGAAAAUUGCAUUAGCAAAUAAAAUUCAAUAAAAUAUAUAAAAAUACAGCCGGAAAAAGGCAAAGUGCAAGUGAGCGGCAGAAAAAGCAGAAAGUGUGAAAAAAGCUAAAAACGAAAUAUUGUCAGCAUUAUUAUUAUAAAAUAUAACCAAGUUUCUUUUAGACCGACUUGCGCUGCGCAAAAGGCAAACUAAGGCAUUCCAAAAGUAACCAAAGUGAGUUGUGAAAAAUAAAGUAAAAAGUGUAUGCCUAAGAGAAGUCAAUUGAAAAACGAGUACACACAACGAGCAAAAAGUUAAAUCCCACAUAAAAGUCCUGUUCUGAGUGCAGCACACACAUACACCCUCACAUACACAGGCUCUUUCAAUAUGGCGGAUGUCAUGGAGAAAAGCUCGCUGCUGGAAGCUGCGGCGCCCACAUUGGUCGAUCCGCGCCCAAUGCAGCCUGUGCAGGCGCAGCUGCAUCAGGAAGCGCAGCUACAGCAACAACAACAGCAACAGCAGCAGCAACAACAGCAACAUCAGCAGCAACAACAGCAACAGCAGCAGCAGCCACAACAACUAAAAACGGAGCCGGCUCAAGCCGCCCGCGCUGGACAGGAGCAAAAAGAGGGUGACAAUGACAGCGGCGUGGAUGAGUCCACUCAGGAGAAGGAUCGUAACGGACCGCAUUCGCCCAGUUCGCCGGUCAAGACGCCCACAUCAAGCUCAUCGAAGCCAGACAAGACGGGCAUAUCGCGCCCUCCGAGUGCCACGCCCUCAAAUAAAUCAGCAUCCAAGUCGCGCAGCGCCUCUAAGAAUCGCUUGCUGCUGAAGACGCCCGAGCCUGAGCCGGCCAAGAAAGUUCCAAUGAACAAGGUACAGGUGGGACAUGCCCCUUCGCCCAAUCUGAAGGCGGUACGCUCCAAAAUUGGUUCGCUGGACAAUGCUACCUAUAAGCCCGGCGGCGGACAUGUUAAAAUUGAGUCCAAGAAAAUUGAGAUUAAGGCAGCGCCACGCAUCGAGGCCAAGAAUGACAAGUAUAUGCCCAAGGGUGGCGAAAAGAAGAUAGUAACAACAAAGUUGCAGUGGAAUGCAAAAUCGAAAAUUGGUUCGCUGGAGAAUGCAGCCCAUAAGCCCGGCGGCGGCGAUAAAAAGAUCGAGUCCCUCAAAAUGGACUUCAAGGACAAGGCCAAGCCGAAGGUCGGCUCCAAGGACAAUGUGAAGCAUCAGCCCGGCGGCGGCGAUAUCAAGAUACAAUCGCAAAAAAUAGAAAUUAAGGCACAAAGCAAAGUUGGCUCGAUGGAUAAUGUUAAGCACAAGCCCGGUGGCGGUGAGAAGAAGAUUUUCGAUGAUAAGGAUUAUUUGAAAAAUGUUGAACACUCUGUUGCACUGACAACACCACCAACACAGUAUUGGAAAGCGCCGCGCAUACAACGUGCCACAACACUGACCUCAUCCAUGUCCUUGCCAGCGGAAUGCCUGGUGCUAUCCGUUUCGAUGCCCUCACUGAACUCCGAACCCAAACGCCCCAAGAGUGCGGGCGCCAAAAAGAAACCCGGCCAGGCUGUACAUCCCAAGCCCUUCCGUUUGUAUUGAGCCACGAGCCGCCACCAACACCACGCUGCACCACAAUCGUUGCACCGAGAGGAGAUCUUCUCUAUAUAUAUAUACGAUAUGGAAUUGUUAACAAGUUGAAAUCGUGGCACGCGGCACUUGAACCCAAAACUAAAUUGUUAAUUGUUUACGACAAAUUGAAGAAACGUGGCAUUUAAAUAAAUA